AUGGUUCAGUGUUACUGUUGUAAUAGGUUUGGCCACUUUGCUAAAGAUUGUUGGUCAAACAAAGAAGAAGCAAAAAUAGCCAGAGGAGAUUCUGAUGAUGAACCUGUGCUAUUAAUGGCUUAUGAAUCUGAUGAGGAACCUGUGAAUUCUGAAGAAGAGUCAGAAUAUGAGGUUUCUGAAGAUGAGUCAGAAUUAGAAGAUGACUCUGAAGCUGAAGACAAGUCAGAAUCCGAAGGUGAUUCUGAGUCUGAAGGAGAAUCAGAAGAUGAGUCAGAAUCUGAAGAAGAUUCUGCUUCUGAUGAUGAGUCAGAACUUGAAAGUUCUGAAGAAGAGUUAGAGUCAGAAGAUGAAGAAUCUUCUGGAGACUCUAAAGAUGAGUCAGAUGGUGGAACUUCAGAAGGCGGAGCUUCUGAAGGUAGUCCAGCUUCUGGUGGUGGUCAUGAUUCUGAAAGAAAAGAUUAUGAAGUUGGAACUUCUGAAGGCAGAGCUUCUGAAGGCGAUCCAACUUCUAAAGGUGGUGGUUUUGAACAAAACCCAGGAGUUAACAAAGGUGGAACUUCUGGUGGUAAUCAAACUUCUGAAGAAAAUCCAGAAGGAGAUAUGGUUCCAGAAUCAGAAGGAGAUUAUGAACUAUUGGGAGACAACGAACGAAGGAAAUUUGCAGUUACACUUCUAACUGACAACACUACUCAAAAUACAACUACUACUCAAAAUACUUCUACCACACAAAAUACAACUACUGCUGAUGAUGGUGCAACCCCUCCAGUUGACCUAGAUCAGAGUGCUCAAAGCCGGAGAAAUGCAUUUGGUAAAGCUCCUCGUCCCAAGAAGUAUGUUGUUCAUAUUGAAAUGGUUCUUAUAGAAAUGUCUGAUGGUACCAAGAAGUGGAAAUGCAGAUGGUGUGGUAAGCUUUACACUUAUGAUGUGAAAUGGAAAAGUACUUUUAAUGGCAAGAAACAUUUAGAAAAUUGCAUUCAGAGAAAGUUGAGGCUGAAAGGUAAUACUGACAAACAUGUUGCACAAUCUAGGUUAAAUGUAGUUUGUGAUAUUACUCCUUGUUUGGCAACUUCGACAUAUAAUCGUGCUAGGGUUAGAGAGGUUGCAACUCAUAUGAUUCUAGGUUAUGAAUUUCCUUUUUCUGUUAUGGAAGGUGUUAUCUUUAAUGAGUUUCUUAGAGAAAUUUAUCCAUGGUACAAAAAGAUUACUAGACAACAAAUUAAGUUUGAUUCUGAGACAUUUUAUGAGGCUGAGAGAGUUAAGAUGAAAAAGUCCAUGUAUUUGAUUAACAAGAUCAGUCUUACAACUGAACUGUGGUGGUGUGGUGAGCAGAUGAUAUGUUAUAUGACUGUGACUAGUUAUUUCUUUGAUUCAAAAUGGCAGUUUAACAAAAGAGUUUUAUCUUUUAAGAAUGUGCCACCACCACAUUCAUGUGAGGUUUUGUGUAGGGAAUUGAUUAAGGUCUUGGAUGAUGGGGGCAUAAGGGAUAAAGUUGUUUCAAUUUCAAUUGAUAAUGCUAGUGCCAAUGAUAAUUGCAUUGUUAGGUUGAAGAGAGAUUAUUCUGGUAGGAGAAAUCUACCAUUGAAUGGUAAAAUGUUUCAUGUGAGAUGUUGUGCACACAUCUUAAAUUUGUUGGUUCAGGAUGGUCUUGAUAUGAUUAAGGUGACUAUUGAUAAGAUUAGAAAUGGGGUCAAAUACUUGCUGAAUUCUGAAACUAAAUGCAAAGCCUUCAAAAAACUUGUUGAUGAGUUACAACUUGAAGGCAGAAUGCAAGUGUUGGGUACUAAGACAAGGUGGAACUCAACUUGGUUGAUGUUGUCCACUACAUACCACUACAGAGAAGUCUGGCCUAGAUAUGCCGAAGAAAAUGGUGCAUUUCUUAAAUAUUCGCCUGAUGCAAAUGAUUGGGAAGAUGUUCAUGAUAUUUGCAAGUUCUUGGAGGUUUUUGCUGAUGUUACAUCAAUUAUUAGUGGCACCUCUUACCCUACUGCUAAUUUGUUUUUGGAUGAGCUUUACAUGGUGAAGGUUCUACUUGAUAAAUCUUCAAGCAUCUCAAAUAAUCCUCAGCUGCAAGCGCUUGCUAAUGAAAUGAAGUUGAAAUGUGACAAGUAUUGGUCAGAGUUUAAUACAUUGAUUUGUAUUGGUGCAGUUCUUGAUCCAAGGUAUAAAAUGAUCUUUAUCAAAUGGGUAUAUCCCUUGUAUCUAAAUCCUACUCAAGCCACUGCCUAUGAACAAGAGUUGGCAACCAACUUAAAAUCUAUCUUCCAAAUGUAUCAAGAUACCUAUGGAACCAAUGAUGAGAAUGUCCUUGUAUCUGAGACUUUAGAGGUUGGAUCUAGUUCUGGGCUGGGAAGGAGGAGUUUUGAGAUGUUUUUAGAAACUAUUGUUGGUAACACUAAUUCAAAAUAUGAUCUUGAAAUAUAUCUUGAGAAAUCUCCCUUGAAAGAUCCCCCUAAAACUAAGUUUGAUGUUUUAACAUGGUGGAUGGGGAAUGAAGCCAAGUAUCCCGUUCUUAGUAAAUUGGCAAAGGAUAUUCUAACUGUUCCAGUUGCAACUGUUGCUUCUGAAGCAACUUUUAAUGUUGGUAAAAGGGCUAUUGAUCCGAAACGAUCUUAUAUGAAAACUAAGACAAUUGAAAUGGUUCUUUGUGGGGGUGAUUGGGUGAAGGAGAAGUAUGUAAUUAAAAAGGGCUGCACUGCUAGCAUUCUUGAAGAACCAGAAGAUUUAACAUAUCAUUUUGGUGAGGAUCCGAUUGUCGCUUCUUCUACAACAAAAACUUGA